AUGAUUAACAAUGCUACUUCUGUCAUGCCCGCUGCGAAUAAUAUCACAGUUACCACCUGGUUAUUAUCUUGCGCUAAUGAAACUUUUGAUUUGAAUACCACUGUAUAUAGUCUUUAUGAUUUAUAUCGAAAUAACAUUGCCAAUGUUAUUUCAAAUGUAUCGAUCAACAAUUUUACUUGUGUGAAAGACGUCGACAGUGUUUUUGAACAAUUAGUCACAUUUACUCAAGCAGUUUCUAUCCAAAAUCAGAUCUUGUUAGUCUCAAUUUAUUCGGAUUUUCUCAGCACAAAUCAAUAUCGGUUCAAUGGUUUGAUAAUCGAUCGACAAAGAGAAUCAACUUUAUCAUCCGUGACUACUCACAACAAUGCUCUGUCGGAUGCGUGCUCAGCUGCUGAUAUCGCCUAUAAUAAUUCACUUUGUUCAAACAACUUAACUCAUCCCGUAUGUACAAUCUCAUCGAAUCGAUGGAAAUACAUGUGCAGUACUGGCGAAACCAGUAAUACACCGGUGAUAUCAGGUUUAAGCACAUGGCAACUUGGCCUGAUUUGUAGUUUAAGUAUUUUGUUUGUGAUGGUUCUGCUGAUCUUGUCGAUAUACUUUUAUCGGAGAUAUCGACAUUCGAAACAAAUCGCUCUAUCACGAUUAAACCUCUAUGAUUCUCUAAAUUUCUCUCAAAAAACUGGCGUACCCCAAAGCGAAGAAUUCAAAAGAGCAACAAUGAUCGUUCAACCAACGCCGAACGUCAGCACCACUGCGUCUUGUAUUCAUAAAGAUUCAAUGGAAAAUGUCAUUUCUAUAAACGAGAACUCGACAAAACCCAAAACACCCACACUACACAAUCAACACCAACGAAAUAAUUUAUCGGUGAAACUUGCUCAAACAUCAGAUGUGCCAAAGAAUAUUUCAACGAAUGUUCCAACUAUCGUCAUAUGCCGAUCAACUUCAGAUAAAUCACUAAAUCAAUCGAAAUCGAUAACAGAUGAAUCAGAUUCGCUAAAUCAAUCAAAUUUAAAUGAUUCAACAGCACCGUUAACGAAAACAGUCAUCAAUAUUCCAUUAUCCGAUGAAAAUCUCAGUGAUGAAGACGCGUGGAUGUCAAUUUUAGACGUUGUGAAUGCUGAAUUAGCAAUUCUUAAUGAAGAAGAUCAGAUACGGGUGUCAAUGUAG